CAUUUCCAUGCCGAUCACUGUCGUCUCUUCCCUUUCGCUCUUCUCUGAUGCCAACCCUUCCUCAAACAGAUAGCAACAGAGCCAUCGCCUUCGUCGCGGUUGUUGCAGUAUAAAUCAAUGAGAAGCCCCACUCGCUUUAUGGUCGCUCUUAGAAUUCUGCAUUCCUGGAAUCCAACCGUAGGGAAUGUGGAACGACGCAGUCCUUCCCUCUCUCUCUUCCCCGUUCAGCAGCAGCCUCGGCAACACAGGACCACCAUGGCUGCAGAGUUCUGAUGACUCUACGGAGCUCCAGAGAGUAAACUGCGGCGGACUCCUCGGUGCUCUUCAGGAGAAGUCCGACGGAGGAUCCUUGACAGGUUCACUUCGAAGAUUCUUAGGCAUGUCUAACGUAACAGGAAAGGGAGAUCCGAUGAUGACCACAGGCUGCAGCGCCGCCGGGGUUCUUCCCAAAGUUGUGGCAGAACGAAGGAAGCGGAAGAUAAGUAGGGAUCCUGCAAACAAGAAUCAAACACCUUCUUCACCAUCAUCAAAGAACCCGAAGACAAUGUGUUCGAAGACGAUGGCCAGAAUGCCGCUCAUCAAAGCACCUGCGAGGAGAAGCCAGAAGCUAGGGGACAAAAUAACAGCUCUUCAGCAGCUCGUUUCUCCCUUCGGGAAGGCAGAUACCGCAUCGGUUCUUCACGAGGCUGCUCUUUCGAUCAAGUUCCUCCACGAACAAAUAGAGAUGCUGACUGCUCCUUACUUCGGUAUGAGAUCCCCGGAAGAAGGUGAUGAGGGCCUCGCAGACAGCAAUGCUGAGUUGCAAAGCAGAGGACUGUGCCUUGUCCCUGUCUUCGCCAUGGUUGAACUCCUGGAUCAAGAAGACUAUGGCCUCAACUUCUAUUGAGUUCCAUAACUUUUACCAACGUGGGUUGUCUGCCUCUGCCAAGUACUUGACUUCUUCAAGCAAGAUCCGAUUUAGUUGUCGUUCAAAAGAGAUGAUGAUAAGCCUUUGUUAUACUCAAUUAAAACAUGAUCCUAUGGAUGGUUUGUAUGGGUAUAAUUUUUAUGUGGAGAUUGUUAAUCCCUUACUUUUUACAACCAUCUAAAAAGAAAAUAGAAUAUAAUUUUAUUAAAUA